AUGCGGAUCCCGUAUAUGCUGUCCGGGAAGACGACACAUCCUUCUGAUGGCUCGCUGCAACAGCAGCAGCGAGAAGAACGCAUUGUCGACAAUUCUACAAAUACAGAUCCGGCGGUUCCUUCGGAUCGGGUGACGGAUAGCGAUACCGCUGGCAAAGACGUCUCUUCAAAAGGACCCUCUGGUGAUGGUGGGAAUCGACAUCUAGAUGUUCGUCCCACGACACUUCGCCCCUCGGCCGAUUCUCUGUUCUCGGACCUUUCGCUGCACACGGGCAACCUUUCGCAUGACCACGCCUAUCGCCCGCCUACAUUGCGAUCUCCCUCGCCCGCAGGCCCGCCGGUCGAGCCGGCCGCCUCCCGUCCACGGCGGACAUUGAGAUCCAUGCUCUGGAUGGCGUGGCUGCAGAGCAAGGGCAUGCUCAUGGUGAUAUUGUCGCAAUUCUUUGGUGCCUCGAUGAAUGUCAUGACCCAGAUGCUCGAAAAGGAUGGCUCCCACGGCAAGGCGAUGCAUCCGUUCCAGAUCCUCUUCACGCGCAUGUCCAUCACGGCGCUGGCCAGCUAUUUGUACAUGUGGUAUACCCGCGUUCCCGCUCCUUUUGGAACCCGAGAGGUCCGGUGGCUCCUUAUCCUUCGAGCAGUGGGCGGGUUCUUUGGUGUAUUCGGGAUGUACUACUCGCUGCUAUAUAUGCCUCUGUCCGAGGCCACCGUGCUAACCUUCCUGGCUCCUAUCGUCGCCUGUUAUGCGUCGUCGUUUCUGAUGCCCAACGAGCCGUUCACUCGAAAGCAGCAGCUGGCAGGGCUGAUCUCGCUGCUGGGCGUUGUGCUCAUCGCUCGUCCGUUCUCCGGGACGGACAGUGAAAGUCCUUCUGCAAGUAUCGAAAUGGUCCCUGCCAAUGGGACCGAGACUUCGUCGUCGGAGACGUUGGUGACGGUGGACACUUACCACCAUCUGAUCGCGAUUGCCUUUGCUCUUCUUGGGGUGUUGGGCGCAGCGUGUGCGUAUACGGUGAUCCGCUUAAUCGGAAAGCGGACGCAUGCGCUCGUCAGUGUAACCUACUUUUCCACGUACACGACCAUCGUCUCCCUGGUGGCCAUGGUGGCUAUACCCUCGGUCUCGUUCCGGCUCCCCGCGAACCUCACCGAGUGGGCUCUUCUCCUAGGGCUCGGGAUGGCGGGUUUCUUGAUGCAGUAUCUGCUGACAGCGGGAUUGGCAUACGCGCCGCCAGCAGGCUCGACGGGCCAUGGCACGCGGGCCACCUCGAUGGUGUACACGCAGAUGCUUUUUGCGCUGUUCUAUGACAAGGUGGUCAUGGACAGCACGCCCUCCGCGGUGAGUUGGGCGGGAUCGGGGCUCAUUUUGGGAAGUGCGCUCUACGUAGCCAUUGCUCGAGAGAACCGGCCCAAGACGGCUGAGGACGAGCAAGUCCUCGUGGAGGAGCAGACGGACACGAGACAGAAAGAUGUGCUGGACGAGCAGCGCGAUCUUGAAGAGGGGCAAGGGUUGUUAGCAGCUGAACAGGGGCAUGAAGAGAGUAGCGAGCAUUCUCGAGAGAACAAUCGAGCAGGCAUUUCCCGUUGA